AUGGAACAGCACGAAGGAGGCAGAGUCACUGAAAGACAUAUCCAUCGUCGAUUUUCCACCAUUGAGGGGUGGAGAGAAGUAGCAAACAAUCUAUACUAUGCAGCAGGUCAUGGCUUGAUCAACCUGUCCACGUAUCCUGAUCUUGACAGCAUCCACGACGACAACGGAGAAACCAUCACACGUCAAGCUAGCGGAACAGCCCACGACGAGUCGACAAACGACUCAACUAUACAGCAGACAGAUUCCGAAGAUCCUUUCGCCGACCCUGUUCCAGUAGAAGACCGCAGGCGUACCCAGAAUUUAUUCUCGAACAGCCUUGGUAUUGGCAAUGCGGGCGAAAACCAAGAUACUUUCAAAGAUACGAAAACUAGUCCAGCAGAAGAGCCGUAUCAUGUCUUUACAUCAAGACAGAGGUGGUUCGUGGUCAUUAUAAUUGGCGCUGCGGGCUUGUUCUCUGGUCUUUCAUCCAACAUCUACUUUCCGGCUCUAGAUGCAAUUGCACAGGAUUUGAAUGUGAGCAUUCAAACAGUGUCUUUGACAAUAACAUCAUACCUUGUUAUUCAAGGUAUAUCUCCAGUGAUAUGGGGAUCUUUUGCAGACGCACUUGGUCGUCGGCCAAUUUAUCUUGCAUCCUUUGCAGUUUACAUCACGGCCAACGUUGUCCUGAGUUUUUCGCCCAAUUUUACUAUUUUGAUCAUUUUCAGAGGGCUACAAGCUGCUGGUAGCGCCUCCACUGUCAGUAUAGGGAAUGGCGUGAUUCAAGACAUCACUCAACCCGCCGAGAGAGGAUCGUACAUUAGUUUCUAUCAAGCAAUACGAAAUUUCAGCAUUGCAGUAGGACCUGUACUGGGCGGCGCUCUUUCAAACUCUUUAGGAUUCCGCUCCAUUUUUGUAUUUCUGUUGAUUAUAUCGAGUAUAACAUUGGGAUUCAUUCUCGUCUUUCUUCCAGAAACCAUGAGAAAUAUUGCCGGCAAUGGCUCUCUUCGUCUCAAAGGCAUCUACAGACCAUUGAUCCGCAUAUUCAGAAAGGAGCCCGACUAUAUGCGAGACCCGGAAUAUGCUGUCCAACGAAAAAAGAUUAGUAUAUCAACAUUUACAGAUCCACUCCGACUGUUGGGACAGAAAGACAUAUUGUUGAAUCUCGUGUUUGGGGGUAUCAUCUACACCAUUUGGAGUAUGGUGACAUCAACCACCACAAGCAUCUUCAAGUCAGCAUUCGGCCUAGACGAACUCCUUGUCGGUCUGGCUUUCCUGCCCAAUGGCCUAGGAACUAUUGUCGGAUCUGCCGUCAUAGGAAAGCUCAUGAACAAGGAUUUUGCAGCUGCCGAAGUCACUUACAGGGCACAACACAAUCUGCCGCCCGAGUACAAGAUCCCGUCCAAGGCAAUACCAACCGACUUCAACAUUGAGCACGCGCGACUCAAACAUCUCUCAUGGGUCACCCUUCUCUUCACACUCGCCACGGGAAUCUACGGGUUCACGGUCUCCAGCUCGUCUCUUACGUCGAAGCCGGUAUGGGUCAUUGUCCCGCUGCUGCUCCAGUUCUUUAUUGCCGCAACGAGCAAUGCCGUGUUUGCCAUGAACCAGACCAUGGUGUCAGACCUGUGUCCAGGCAAGGGCGCGAGCAGCACCGCCAUCAACAACCUGGUGCGCUGUGGCUUGGCGGCCGUGGGCGUGGCGUUUGCCGAGACCAUGGUGACAGCAUUGGGCCCGGCUACCUCCUUCCUCUUACUGGCCCUCAUCGUGGUAGCAUGUACUCCGAUGGCGGUCGUGAAUUGGUUCUACGGUCCGGGCUGGAGGAGGCAGAGGAUGAAGAAACAGGCCGCGAAAGCAGGUGGAGACACUGAGAAAGCCUAA